AUGUCACAUAGCGAUUCAGAGGAGUUUUCUGAUGACAUAGAUACUGAGUUUUAUCGGGCCGUCGACGGUGAAGAUGCCUUGGAGUAUCAAAAUCCGGAGUUUAUUCCUCUUACUCCUGAUAUGUUGAUCCAAUACAUGUUGGAAUUGGUGAAUGCUGUUCAUCAAGUUACUACGCUUCCCAAAACCAUCAUCAGGUUACUUCUCGACCACUUCAAAUGGGACAAAGACGCUCUCAUUGAGCAAUACUUUGAGCACAGCAAUCCCCGCCAUUUCGUCAAAUCGACAAUCCUGCCAUCGCUGGUUGACAACAAUGAUGACAUUCCAUCAUUGCUCCUCCUACCUUACACCGAUGUCCAUGGAGGCGGUGGCGAGAAGGUCAAUUGUUCCCCUGAGAUGGUCUGUGAUAUUUGCUGUGCUCAAACCUCCUCCGCCUUUAAAUGCGACGGUCUCAUCGACGACGACAGUGUCAGCGCCCUUCUCCUAUCUUUGCCCAAAACAUCAGCGGGUGAGACUGCGGUGCCCGAGUCGCCCAAACCUUCCUUGCCUCUGGCGUAUCGACGGUUCCAACGACUGGUAGUGAAUAGCUUCGUGCAGCAUAACCGCUACCUCACCUGGUGUCCGGGUGUGGAUUGCGGCCAUGCGGUCCGCGCCAUCGGAACAGGUGUCGGCUGUGGACGUGGGAAUGGGCGAGUGAUGCGGGAAGUGGUGUGCUCAAACUGCGAGGAAACAUUCUGCUUUGCUUGUGGCAAUCCUUGGCACGAGCCCACACUAUGCAAGUACCUCAAGCUUUGGCUUAGUAAGAUGAAAAACGACUCGGGCACAGCUCACUGGGUGGCGGCCAACACCAAGGAGUGCCCGAACUGCAAGGCGACCAUCGAGAAGAAUGGGGGUUGUAACCACAUGACGUGCCGCAGCGCUGAUUGCAAGUACGAGUUCUGCUGGGUGUGUCUGGGUAGUUGGGACCUGCACGGUUCUCAGUGGUACGUCUGCAACAGUUACAAGGAGGCGGCAGCGCAGCGGGCUCGUGAGGCGCAAGAUGCGAGUCGGGCCUCGUUGUCACGCUACCUCUUCUACCACGAUCGCUACGCCAACCACGAACAAUCGCGACGCAUGGAGGCAACGCUAAAGGACAGCGUGGCAAGUCGAAUGAUGGAGCUGGAGCGUCAAGGCAUGUCGUGGAUUGAUGUAAAGUUUGUACGUCAUGUAGUGGAGGUGCUCUGUGCUUGCCGCCGCACGUUAAUGUACACCUACGUCUUCGCCUAUUUCUUGGAGCCUAGCAACCAUGCACUUAUCUUCGAGGCCAACCAAAGCGAUCUAGAACAGGCAACAGAACAGCUCUCUCGGUUUCUUGAAUGGGAUCUCAAUAGUACCAUGUUGGUGGGCGGCUUGAAGCAGAAACUGCAGGAUAAAUCGAGGUACUGCGAACAACGCCGACGGGUCUUACUACAACACGUGGCUGAGGGAUAUGAGAGAAACAUAUGGCGGCAUCGUGAUUACCCUUAG